GACCUGGACAAAGUCGGACGGAUCGUUUCUCCAGAAAAUCCGCUGGUAGCUGGUGUCAGACGAGGCGACUCGGAUUUGGCGGUACAACUUUGAGAUGUCCGCGGAGAAGACGACAGGGUGUUUGCGGAAGACCAGCAGUUCUGGGAGAUGGCGGAGGGAGAACAUCUUGGCCGAGGCAUCGAAAACGACCCACAAGUCGGUCGUUGAGUUCGAGCGGCGGAGAAUGCCAUGGUAAGGCAAGAAGUAGCGGCCAAGGUAGAUCCGGUUCUGGCGACGACGGGGCGGAACGGCCAGCGAACCUCGAACCGGCCGGUAUGGUCCCGCUUGUGGGUGGAGCGGAAGGCCUCGCAAUCUUUCUGUACGGUGGUGACAGGCGUAGCAGAUUCGAUCUCUUCGGCCUACUAGAAGCGUUGAAUGGACUCGCUGAUGCGCUCCAACGUUGCGGUGUGGCUGUACUGUGGACCAGGGACGGUGUCCCCAACCUCUCCUGCGACGACCCAGCCCAGGAGCAUGAAGAACAUGGCAGCAAGCAGCAAGUCCGGAGUCUGGAAGUCGGGAUCGGCCAGCUGGAUGCACUCCGGAAUCGGCCAGUCAGCGAUGCGAUCAGCGAUCAAGCACUCAACCUUCAUCGCGAAGCUUUUGUACCGGGCGUACGUCUUCAUUGCGCCGAUGUCGCAAAUUGGAACAGCCAUAGACUCUGAAAUAAAGUUGACCUGCGAACCGUUGUCCAGCAGGGUGGGUGUGGGCUUUCACGUCGCCUCGGUUGUCGACGGCGACUGUUGUUGGCCAACGGGUUGGACCACUGGCGCCGGGUUCAUUGGUGGGGCAGCGCCCUACUGCAGUUGCUUGCUACUUCUCCUCCACACGUUUUCGCGCGUUUUUCUCCUCCCUUUUUCUCCCCUUUUCCGUCGCCGAUCGCAGCAACAGUUACGUUUUGCUUCAGAGGGUGGUUCGUCGAUCAAAGCAACCUGGUUGCUCUUACAUCGACCGUUGAAGACUCGACAUAUUUCCUGGAUAGCUUUCUUCCGGACCCAU